AACAUUUGUUUUUAUGAUUUUAGUCGAAGUAGAUUUAUUCAAUUUGAUUUUAUAUUAAUAUUUCAUAUCAUUUUCUGAUAAUAAUUUCUUAACAGUUCCUAAAAUGGUUAAAACUAAGUAGUUAUUUUACAUAAGUUUUUUGAAUAUCUAAAAUUUAAAUACAAAUUAAAAUUUUUAUAUACUGUGGAAAUAAAUUUUUGUCAUGUCGAAAGAUAAGUGCCAAGAAGGGAGGGAAUGUAUGGAAAAAGCCAAUAAAUUCCUUAAAACGUCUUUAUUAAAAUGGGUACCAGAUUAUGACAGUGCAGCUGAUGAAUUUUCCAAAGCAGCUGUAUGUUUUCGUGUUGGAAAGUCUUUUAAAGAGAGUAAGGAAUGUUUGCUUAAAGCAUCACAAAACUACUUACAAAAUGGAUCACUUUUUCAUGCUGCCAAAUCUUUAGAACAGGCAGUAACUUUAUCCAAGGAGAUUGGAGACCUUAGGGAUGUUCCAGACUUGGCAAUGAAAGCAAGUUAUUAUUAUCAGCAACAUGGAUCUUCUGGUAGUGCUUCUAUGUUAUUAAGUAAAGCUGCAGACAUGAUACAGCAAACAGAUCUAGAAUCUUCUGUUAAAUUACUAAAAGAGGCCUCUAAUGUUGCUUCAAAUGAAGAUUCAAUAGGACAAGCAAUGGAAUAUACUCAUAAGGCUGCAAGAUUAUUGGUUAAAUUACAAAAGUAUGAUGAAGCUGAAGAAGAAUUAAAACGCCAAAUUGGUUAUACUUUUGAAGGUGGAUCUGUAUCUAAUAUGGGUAGAGUUGCUGUUGAACUAUUUUUGUUGCAGUUAGCAAAAGAUGAUAUUGUAGCUGCUAAAAAAGUAUUUAAUGAGUAUGGAUCAAGAUAUUGUGAACAAGCUGAGAUUUGUAUGCUUGAUGACAUAAUAAAUGCAUAUUCAGACAGAGAUGCUGAAAAAAUAAACUCUACAUUAAACAACUCAUUUAUAAAGUAUAUGGACAUAGAAUUCGCAGUUUUAGCAAAAAGUUUAGCAGAAAAAUGGAUUAUUGAUUCAAACCUUACCUCUCAAACUUUGGAGUAUGUUGAUGAUUCAGAAGGUACACAAAAACCACAAAUAGAUUUUGGCGGAGGGCUUUGUUGAAGUUAUAAUAUAUUAUAAUUGUGUUUUAUUAUA